AUUGCAGAAGUGUCCAAAGAGAGAGCUCAGAUUCUCAACCCAAUGGUGGAAGUCUCCUCUGACUCAGAUGACAUUGAAAACAAAACAGAUGAAUUCUUCAAGCAGUUUGAUGUGGUCUGUGCUAUGCGGUGCAGCAAGGAACAGCUCUUGAGAAUCAGCAACAUCUGCCACCAGAAUAAAAUCCUCUUCUUUGGGGGAGAUGUGUUUGGCAUGAUCGGUUACAUGUUUGCCGAUCUUCAGGAACACCAAUAUGUAGAAGAAGUUAAAGAGAAGGUUGAGGUAGAACAGGAUGGUAAAAAGCAAACUGUUGAAGAGACAAAAAUGGUGAAACGCACAGAAAACUUCGUCCCCCUCAGCCAGGCACUGGACGUAGACUGGACAACCACCAAGUAUGCAAGCCAGCUAAGAAGAACGUCCUCUACUUAUUUCAUCAUGCACAUCAUUAUGGAAUUCAUCACACUACAUGGACGCAAUCCCAAUCCAGCACACAGAGCAGAGGAUGAGGUUGAAUUGUUGACAAUUAAAAAUGCUCUCCUUGAGAAAAUGGGCAUUCCUCAAGAAAAAGUUGAUAACCAGUUUGCAAGUAUGGUGUAUGGACAGUUGAGUCCAGUGUGUGCCAUUGUGGGUGGAGUGCUGGCCCAGGAGAUCAUCAAGGCUGUGUCACAGAAGGAUCCUCCCCACAACAAUUUCUUCUUCUUCAACACCCAGGAUGGCGCUGGUGUUGUGGAAUGCAUUGGACAUUAACUGUCAGACUGUAACCGUAUUAACAAAAUAAAAAUGAGCUACCAGUUCCAGUGUGUUUGAUGAAACCAAAGUACAUAAGCUAUGGAAGAAACAAUUUUGUAUAUUCAUUGCAGUGGCUGAGUAAAAUAAUCCAAGAAAGUAAAGGCAUGUCUAGUUGAACAGGUAUUACCAAGUGAAUGUUGGAGGAUGACAAACUGAAUGGUAAAUAAAAUAAUUGGUGUAAUCGGUUGUUAAGUCAGUUGUUUGCCUGUCUGAUGUUGCUUUUCUGACAUGCCUGCUAAUCAGGCCUGCUUGUUUGGACAUGCCUAAACUCUUCAAAAAUGUUCUGAGUGCUAGUGUAAAUCAGUUAUAUUAUUUUAAUUUGUAUGUUUAGAAUUUUUAUCAACCAAGAAUAAUGUAAAUGAUCUGCCAUAUAUUUUCAUGUGAUUAAUUUUCUUAGUAAUAAUAAAAUAUUUCAUAUU